UUCUCUAUCCUUCUCUUCCCUCCAAUAUCUAAUCCUAAUUUUCCGGAAAUGGGAAGUCGUCGGAGUUUUCUCCGGUCAUGGUCUUCACCACUUUCUCUGUUCGUCGUAGUUGUUGCACUGGCAGCUUCAUCUGCCGACGGGUUUAAGGCGCCGCGGGUGCCUUGCUACUUCAUAUUUGGGGAUUCUCUUUACGACAGUGGCAACAACAACAACCUCAACACGUCGGUGAAAGUCAACUACUCUCCCUACGGCAUCGAUUUCCCGGCCGGACCCACCGGCAGGUUCUCCAACGGUCGAACCGCGGCCGAUAUAAUUGUAACUAAAAUGAUUCAUUUUUUUGGGUAUGCAGGUGAAACGCUGGGAUUUAAGGACUUUAUCCCACCUUUUGCAUCCAACCCUGACGACAGACAGAUACUCGUAGGGGUCAACUACGCAUCUGGGUCCGCUGGGAUUCUAGUCGAGAGUGGAAAACAAGGGGGUGACAACGUAGACCUGAACAAGCAACUGAGGAACCACAAAGUGACUGUUUCGCGUAUAGUUAAGAAAUUGGGGAGCAAGAAGGCCGCCUUUGAGCACCUAGGGCAAUGCUUGUACAUCUGCAAUAUGGGGAACAACGAUUAUAUCAACAACUACAUUCUGCCCCAAUCUACUGCCAUCAGGAGUCAGUACAACCCGGCUCAAUUUGCCGCACUUCUCAUCGCUCGAUACUCUGCUCAGAUUAACCGGAUGUACGAGUUGGGAGCAAGGAAGGUGGCGCUUGCGGGUAUUUCGAACAUCGGCUGCACUCCGAGUUUGAUAGCAACCGUUGGGACUAACGGCGCUCCAUGUGUUACGUCAGUGAACCAACUAGUGGCUCCUUUCAACAUCGGACUAAAAUCGCUCAUCAGCCAGCUCAAAUCAGCUCAUCCUGACGCCAAAUUUGGCUACCUGGACACCAUUAAUGCGUUCAAGUGUUUCUUCUUUCUUUCUGUUUUCGCAGCAUUUAAGGUAAAAACGACACCGUGUUGUCAAGUGAGCACAGUAACGGGGCUGUGCCUUCCUAAUACGGUUCCCUGCUCCCAACGACGAUCCUACUUGUUCUGGGACGCCUUCCAUCCUACUGAACUCGCGAACCGGCUCGGCGCACCCAUUCUAUUUCCGGUCAUCCAGCGGAUAUUGUAA